AUGGAAAGCUUUGUAAAAUGCAUUUGUAAACUGCAAAAACAUGUGGGCGUAUUUUCUAUAUCAAAAAGGUAUAUGCUGAAGCAAUCUAUUAAUCAUAUAAUGAACAAAAAAGUAAUGGACAGAUACAUAAGACUUCCAAUGCCCUGCAAUAAGGUUUUGGCGACGUACUGCUGGAUCGACGGUUCAGGAAUCAAUAUGCGAUGUAAGGACAGAAUCUUAAAUUGUACACCAUAUAGCGCUGACGUAGCGCCCGGCUGGGCUUUUGAUGGAAGUUCCUGUGGUCAAGCAGCCACCGAUAAUUCUGAUACGAGUUUGAAACCUGCUGCAGUAUUUAGAGACCCGUUCAGACUGGAGCCACAUGUGAUUGUGCUUGCUGAAGUUUAUAUGGGGGACGGUUCAGCUGCCCCUACCAAUCAUAGGAAAUUCUGCAAUGACUUGUGUGAAGCGCACAGAUCUGAAGAACCAUGGUUUGGUCUGGAACAAGAAUAUACUAUGUUAGAUGUUGAUGGCUGGGGAUUGGGUUGGCCAAAAGGAGGAGGUUUCCCUGCAGUAAAUUAUGAGUUUUCUUACUGCGGGGUCGGAGCAAAAUACAUAGCUGGAAGAGAUGUAAGUGAAGCUCACGCAAAGUGCUGUUUGUAUGCUGGAUGUGAUUUUGAGGGCACCAAUGCUGAGGUUAUGUUUGCUUGCUGGGAAUGGCAAAUAGGUACAACUGUAGGCAUAAAAGCUGCAGACGACAUGUGGAUGUCGAGGUUUUUAAUGUCUCGGGUGGCUGAGGAUUAUGGUGUAUGUAUUACUUACCACCCAAAGCCUAUGGGGCCGAAGCAUCCAGGCGUCGGAAUGCAUCAUAACUUUAGCACAAAAAGAAUGCGAUCGGAUGGCGGUUACAAGUUCAUUGAAGAAUGUAUUAAAAAGUUAGAACAGAAUCAUAUGAAACAUAUGAAGAAUUACGGCGCCGAUGAGCAAACGAAUCGUAUGCGACUGUCUGGAAAGUUCGAGACAGCACCGUUCGACAAGUUCUCCUGGGGUAUAGCUAACAGAAAAGCCUCCAUUCGACUGCAGAGGAACAUAAAAGAGAAAGGUAAAGGUUUCAUGGAGGACCGAAGACCGGCUGGUGAUUGUGAUCCUUACCUUGUUUGUGGCUUGUUGAUGGAUACAUGCCUUGGUUCAGCCGGAGGUGGCGGCGGUAAAGGCGGAAAAAAGUGUUAGCAAAUUUUUAUCUUUAGUAAAAACCUUUGUGCAGCAGCGUUGAUAUAAGUGGAUAUACGAGUACAAUAUUAAUUUAGUAUGUUUCAACUAUUUUAUGACGACCGUGUUUUUGUAAUAAAAAAUAUAUUUGGCUGUGAUUAGUUAGUUUCUGUAUACAGAAGUUCGUUUUUUUAAUAAUUAUGAUAAAAAUGUUUAAUAAUGUUUCUUCAUAACUUACAUAUAGUUUUAUUUGAAACUGUUUGAUACGUAAAGUGUUUUCAGAUAGCAUGGGUACAGUGACAGUUGCCUUAUGACGUCUAUAAUAUGUCGCGAAACGCGGCCAACUUUCAUGAGCAAAACGAACUGCCACCCGCACCAUGCUACCUGAAAACCAGUUUAAUGCAUAGAUUUAAGCAGUAAGAGCGCUCUAUUUUAAUACUAUUGACGUAAAUACGUCUUCAAAAUUG